AUAUUUCCUUCGCGGGAGGCGCCGGGGUUGUUUGGGCUGGAGGGAGGCGCCGUGAGAGCAGCGGUUUGCGGUGGGUGGGUGGGUGUUCGUGUUCUGAGGUGAAGGAACAGAUUAUGGGCUGCUUCUUCUCCAAGAGGCGGAAGCAGGCCAAAGAGGCGAAGGCUGGCGCGGAGAGCGGAGAUCGGAAUGGCUCUCUGUCCGCGGAAGCCGACAAACAACCACAGUACAGUUGGGACCAGCGAGCCAAGAUUGAUCCGAAAGAUUACAUGUUUUCUGGACUCAAGAAUGAAACAGUUGGACGUUUACCUGGGAAAGUUGCAGGGCAACAGUUUGUCAUUCAGGACUGUGAGAAUUGCAAUAUUUAUAUAUUUGAUCAUUCUGCUACAAUCACUGUUGACGACUGUAUAAACUGCCAAUUUUUUCUAGGACCUGUAAAAGGCAGUGUGUUUUUGCGUGACUGCAAAGACUGUAAGUGUGUUGUGGCAUGCCAACAGUUUCGUACUCGAGACUGCCGAAAGAUAGAAGUAUUUCUGUGCUGUACCACCCAGCCCAUUAUUGAAUCUUCUACAGGUAUGAAAUUUGGAUGUUUCCAAUACUAUUAUCCAGAACUAGCUUUGCAGUUGAAAGAUGCUGGGCUAAGCAUCUUUAACAACACAUGGAGCAAUAUCCAUGACUUCACACCAGUUUCAGGAGAAAAUAAUUGGAGUCUUCUAGCUGAGGAUGCUUUAGUUCAAGACUAUGUACCAUUGCCGACUACUGAAGAAUUAAAAGCUGUGAGGAUUUCAACUGAUGUCAACAAGAGCAUAAUUCCAAUAACCCUAGGAGGACGGCAAAAAAAGAGUGAGGAAUCUUGCUUAGUAGUGUUCUUUGCUGGAGACUAUACAACUGCCAAUGCAAGAAAGUUAAUUGAUGAGAUGACUGGCAAAGGCUUUUGGCUGAUACAGACAAAAGAAGUUUCAAUGAAAGCUGAUGAUGCUCAACGAGUGUUCCAGCAAAGAGCAUCUGAAUUCAUCCCUUUACUUGACAAAGGUCCUGUUGUUGCUUUAGAGUUUAAUGGAGAUGGUUCUAUAGCAGCCUGUCAAGACAUUGUUGUUAAUGUCUUUAGUGGAGCUAAAGUUUUUGUAUCUGAGGACAAGUUGACUGCUUCAAGAGAAAUAGACAGUUUCUAUAAUUUUGCUGAUAUGCAGAUGGGAAUGUGAAAGAAAUAAAAGCACCUUACUGAAAAAUAUCUACUUGAUAGUUGAAUUGAGCAUUAGGUUUGUACAACUGUCUGAAUUAAGUGAAUUUUUUUUACCUUUUUUGUCUUUUCCUUAUAAUACUGAUUUUUCAUUAGUACUAUAAAAUUGAAGUAACUCUAAUCCCUCUUAACUGUAAUGUGAUUUGUUUCUUUCCUGCAUAUUAUAUUUUAAUAUUAUAACAUUUUCAGCUAUAAUGGUAUAUUAGAUGGAAGUAUAGAUGUUAGAAAGCUGGUGCAUAUUGAAGAUUUUUUAUGUAUGUUUGUAUCUUUGAGCAUAAACUCAAUUUUGUCAACGGCAUGCUUUAUAACAUUGAACAAGCAUUACUAACAGUAUGUCCUGAAUUUUCAAACACUUCACAUGAAAUCAGUAUCAUUCAAAAUAUUUUAAUUCUUACUGAUUUGUCUCAUUACUCUAAAAUUAGCAACAAUGAAGAAAAUUGUUAUUUUAAUUUUUACUCUCAGUCCAACUCAUUAUUUUAACUUUUGCUCUCAGUCCAACUUUCAAUAUUCGAUUAUACUUGAAUGACAUAACAGUUCAAGAAAAAGCAUUUAUGGAAAUAGGCAAGGUUUUGCUAUGGCUUUGAUCAGUAUCUCCAACAUAGGAGAUUUUAUUGCUGUUGUUGCUGAAUUUCUGUGGGAGUGCUGCUUCAUAUUUUUUUAUAUUUAUAUUCCAAAUAUAUUCGAUUUCUAAAUGCAGAUCUUAUAGAAAUGUGAUAUUUUACUUAAUAUUCAACAUUAAAGGUUGCAAACCUGCUUUUAGUUUAGAGUAUGUAUGACUCACUUCUGUUUAUCUCAAUUUUCAACCCUUCUGGUUUGAUUUUACAUAAUGUUAAGCCAGGAUUUUUUAAACAUAAUUGCCUAAAUCCUUACACGCAAAAGGGGUUUAUUUCUGCAGCAAGCCCUGUUUUCAAAUUCUGUGCUGUUAAACUAUAAUUUACCUAUCUUAAUUUGCAUCCUACCAAAGUUUUUUUUCUGGCCAAGAGAUGCAAGGCAUUAACAGCUAGAACAGCAUUUCUCCCCGGGCUGAACUUUAUCUUAUUUUGUCACAUAAUUUCUUUUUUUACCUGCUGAAUUCCUCUCCAAAUACAGGGGAGCAGUGGAGGUCAUAAACUGCUUUUGACUGCAAAAAACUGAGAAUAACAUUAAUCAAAUGAUGUUUCUUAGAAGAUAUGUAAGGCAGAAACAGGUCGCAGAGGAACUCUGAUGUCAACAUCCACUCAUUAAUAAAUAAGAAACCAGAAUGUAGACAUAUCACACAGCCUGUUCCACCCAAAACCCAUACACGUUUCUUUCAACUCAAAUAGAGGCCACUUCAAAAUUUCCUCACAAAUUUACUGUUUAAUAAAUAAUGGUUAAAAUGAAACAUCUACACAAAUCAUUUCUCAAUAUUUCAGGUAUAUUACCUGUAUCAUUGAAGUGGUUGAAUGGUAAAUAUAGAUUAUGAGAAUUUAAAAAAAAUAUGUAAUCAGUUUAUCACUUGUUCAGAGUG